AUGACUGUGACGGACACCCUAAACCUUUCAUAUUACUGGGAAUUCCCGAGUAAUCAAAGACUGCGCUUGCUUUACCUGCUUUUAAUAUCGGUUUCGAUUGUUUCCCUGUUCCUGCGUGGGGCUUUGACAUACUCCCCGCAUCAGACUCAAAACAGGGAAGGGUGGGGGCCGACGACGUCUUUAUUGGAUGAGCAUAGCAGCUUACAAGCCGUAGAGAAUAGGACGCUAGGGUUUCAAAACGUGCUUUGCAUCAAUCUACCAAGCAGGACAGAUAAACGAGAUGCUAUCACUCUGGGUUCCUCCGUCACUGACUUUCAUGUCGACUGGAUUGAGGGGGUAUCUGCGGAGGAUAUGGAUCUCAAGGCAUACCCACCGCACUACGGAGAGCCAGGUAGACCGAUUAUGAUACCAGGAGAAGUUGGGAACUGGCGUGCACAUCUAAACGCCAUGCGAAGGAUCGUGUCUGACCGUCUCACCACCGCACUUAUCAUCGAGGAUGAUUCAGACUGGGACGUGACAUUGAAAAUCCAGCUGCAUGAAUUUGCUCUAGCAUCACAGUCCCUUCAGAAAGCCAGAAAGUUGACAGCCUCCCGCCGUACUGGUCCGGCCGUGCAUGUACAUGACAAUGUUGACAAAGCUCCAAAUACGCGCAUCAUCUGUCAAACCCGUUACGUGAUAUGUACGGGUGCAUAUGCCGUUUCUUAUAAUGCGGCUCAGAAGAUCAUUGCCGCUCUAUCGGUGCUACCGUCUGACGAGAUAUUUCCGCCUGGAACAUCAUCAAUAUUCGACGUCUCACUUGGUAGGCUAUGUGAGAACGGCUACUUGACGUGCUACUCUUCCUUUCCUUCGCUGAUUGGGAAUUGGAGGCCUGCUGGCUCGCCGUCAAGGAACUCGGAUAUACAGAUUGUUCAGAAUAGCGAAGGCGAGUAUCAGGAGGCGGUAUCAUCGGGGAUUGCACAGAGCACCAUGCUCAACCUAGAUAAAUUGCUGGAGGGUACGCAUGGGACAGACCCUGCCAUUCAUCAUUCGGUCGCGCCUGAGGCGAACUUAUAUGACAAGCGGCCACAUCUGGGAGGUGGCCUAUAUGUGUUAGAUAACGAUACGAUGAUAGAAAGGAAAGUGUAA